UAAUUUAUUCCGAAAAGUCUCCUGCUAAUAGAUGGUAGGUCUGCAAGAUCACCUACAGUGCUCUCAGCAUUGAGUGUGGAUUAUAAAGGCAUCAUUGAUCAAGGCCGACCUUAAGUGGUUCAGCUCACUCAUUAGGAAACAAGCCCCCAAAAGCCAGUGAUUAGGUACUGGCAUUUACUGUAAAUUGAUCGUCAUUUUACGUGCACUUUAGUUUCCUGUUUUUUUGAAUAUCAAUUGUUGUACGAUCAUAUCAGGCCAAGCGCUUUACCUUGAAGUUGAAACCAGCCUCUUCUCAGAUGAUGAUAUAUAUAUAUAUAUAGUUGGAAGUUUUCACAGCUCGUCACAUUCUUAAUUUCUCUGCCUUGAGACGGUUGUCGUUGCCGUUCACACUACCUGAUCAAAGUCAUGAUGACACUUUGAAUACUGACAUGUGGGCGUAGAAAAGAGCGGGAAACACUUCGAUCUCAUGCUAACUGACCUUCCCAUUCUUAUUCGCAUUGGAACAUCAGUUGAGUGUCGUGAAGACAUUUUGAAAAGUUGAAGAGAGAUAUUUGAUCAAAGGUGGUGAAAUUUUAAUCAAGAAGGACUUAUAUCAGUCAAGCUAUCUGAGCUAGCGCUGGAAGCGCAUACGAAUACAAAGGCAAAGUGAAAACCAGACCAAUAGAAGUAAAAGUAUGUUUUAUCCAGUUAGUGGAAAAUGAAAAGACUGUUGAAAAUCUGUGUUGCUAUCAUCUUAUCGACUAAGUUGGUGCAAUGUCUCUUGUGUGACGUUGACAAGGAUUGCUUUGCGGGCUAUUCUUAUUGCUGUGGUGGUUACUGUAAAAAAUCCUGUAACCUGACAUGCACUUCAUCAAGCGACUGUGGAUCUCUUGGCCAUCUUCCAGAAAAGUGCUGUAAUGGCCAAUGCAUUGGAAUCAACGAGGUUUGCCUUAAGGACUCGCAGAAAACUCGCUUGAAUUCAGUCCACAUUGCUGUGUUGGUGUUGUGUAUCGUGGUGUUUGUGGCAGUAGGUACGUGUGCAUUAGCAUCCUAUCUCUGCAAGUGUGGCUAUUUGUACAGACGUCGAACCAAUAUGAACAAUGCUUGCAUGCAAGAAGUCUCGUUCGAAACUUUUGAUGGCCAAAGUUCAGGAAGGCGCGGUAACUAUCUGGCGUGUAGAGCUCCUGGCCAACACGACGGUGAAAUUCCCUCACAAUCAGGACGCAUUUCUGAAACGUCGUGGGUUGGAAAAGACUUUGUACAGWCGCGUACUUUCUACACAAAUAAAUCAAAUGGGCAACAAAUGAGAAACCAGAUAAAAUUGGCAUGAAUUUUUGUAGUUAUAGUUUCAUUUGAUUAUAAGUUUGCUGGUUUUUGAGUGAGGAUAUUUUCACCUAUUCAUUCCAGCCCAGUGGGCUAACAUUCAUGUGAGUCAAAUAUUCAAACGAUUCUGUUUUGUGUAUACAAAACUCCUGGUGAGAGGAAUGGUUUGUAGAUCUCGUGCUGAGUAUAUUUCUUUUUCCCUUUGUCCAAUCAGUCGCUUUCUCUAGCAUCAACAAGCCCGGUGCCAUCUUAUCUUUGUAUUAUAAUGUAGAGACAUGCUUCAAAUCUAACUUUAACGCAUUAAGCACUGCCAGACUUUUAUUAAAACCUUUCAGUGUAUGAAUAUGAGCAUCUUGACUGUCAGAAGUACAACUAAAAUCCAAUCCAUUAAAUCUGGCUUUUAAUCAUGAAUUUUCAACAUUCUACUUCUAGAUAUAGCCUGAAGACGGAAAAAUCUAUUGAAAUUCACAGUGUCAGUAGAAAGAGAGCUUAAACCAUUGUUCGAGGAAAUUUGGCCAUUUUAUUUUAAUCCGCCAAAAAAUGCGAAGUUGGCGUUUUUGAGUUCUGUUGUUGACAAGUCAAAGCGAUUUUUUUGUGAUUGAGUGUUGAUGCCAACUCUUAAUCAAAGGUUUCGGCCCUCAAGUCAUUUUGAGUUCAAUAAAAUAAUCACUAGAGAAUAAAAAUAACGAGCAACUUUA